AUUGCGAGGCAACAUUUCAUGCAAAAUUUCUUUAUUUUGAGAAUAUUCAUAACUAUAUCCAUCUACAGAGUUACAUUUGGUGCAGAAGGUUGUAGUUCGAAUUUUCAGAAGGUUGGAAACGAGUGUAGAGAAUGUCAGCCAGGAUAUUUUGGACUUGAGUGUAAGCAGAGGUGUCCACCACCAACAUAUGGUAAAUUAUGUGGAGGGACAUGUGACUGUGCAACUAGUGAAUGUGAUUAUACUCAUGGAUGUCCCAACAAAGAAAAGGGAGCAGACGCCUGUUCUGUUGGACAGCUCAGGGAGACAAACCAGAAAUGUUGUUACAACUUCCAUAAAGUAAAUAACACUUGUCAAGCUUGUCCUCCUGGUUAUUUUAAUUCAGACUGUUCUACCAGAUGCCCCUAUCCAACAUAUGGAUUUAGGUGUGCUCAUCGGUGUUCUUGUUCCGACUUCUAUUGCAAUCAUGUGAACGGGUGUCUCCUAACGACAGAAUCUUCUCAACCUAUGAAACGUUCAACACAGUCAAUUGAUAUUGUGUCAGAUCAGACACCCAGAUUGACUACAAGUUACGAUUUCAAAGGUAAUACUUUGCAUUCCGCCAGUGUGUACCAUUCAAAGACAACAAUCAUUCUUUUAAUAGGAAUAAGUAUAAUAUGCAUGCUCAUAUUAUAUAUAUUGUACGAGAUCCUAAUAUGUCGACGUCGAUUUGUGACUAAAAGUUCUCCAAGAGAUUGUGACACCAGUGAAAAUGUUUACGCAGAUUUUGUUAAAAUUAAUGUUGAGGAUGGUGUGAAACAGAAUAAAUCAGCUGAAGGAAUGGUGAUAAAGAAUCAGAAAGAAUGAAAGUAUGACGUUUUAUUCUUCGUUUCGGUAUUUGCAUUCUUGAAUAUAUGUUUAUCCAGAAGAAAAUUUGUAUUAGUGAAUGCAAAA